AUGCCUAGCCCUGCCAUUAACGUUUUGGAGGCGCAGAGCGAUGCCCUGGAUAGGUCGGACGCCCGCUUGGAGGCACUGGGUUACCGGCCGGAAUUCCGACGUGAGAUGAAUCUGUUCGCGGUCGUGGGCAUGUCCUUCACUGCUAUCGGAAUUCUAACGGGGAUGAGUAGCGCCUUUCAGACUGGAUCUGUGCGCUCUUCAUGUUUCUUGUUGCGCUAUGCUUGGCCGAGAUUUGUUCGGCCUAUCCGACCAUGGGCGGAUUGGUGGGUUCACUUUUCUCAUCCUCGUAUCAGGGUCGCUGACGGGUUUACUCAAUUUGACAAGUACUAUUGGGUGUCCAAGAUGAAAGGCGACAAACCAAUUCUUGGAUACGUAACGGGAGUCUUGUAUGCAUGUGCAAUGAUCUUUACAGGCACUUCGGGAAAUCUUAGCACGGCACUGUAUAUUGCGUCGAUGGCAGAGGUCGGCACAGGAAUCACUCUUACCCGCGUUCAAAUUGCGGCAAUGGCGUGGGGCGUUAACCUGCUCAGCGGUCUAAUAAACACCUUCGGCUCUAGGGGAAUUGGUGCUGUUUCAGUCUGGUGGACGCUAAUUGGUACCGUCAUACUCGUCGUAACUCUCCUGGUCAAGUCUCCAGUCAAGAACAGUGCCUCUUUUGUUUUCACUGAUCUCGAAAAUUUCACCGGUUGGGAAAACAAGGGCUUUGUCGUACUUCUUGGAUUUCUCCAAGCAGUUUACACUCUCGAGGGUGCUGAAACAUCGGCACAAGUGGCCGAAGAGGCGCGUAACGCAGAAUGGCUUGCCCCCAUUGGAAUUGCUGCUUCGAUCGUUGGGUCAUGGUUCAUCGGCCUAAUCUACCUACUAGCCUUACUUUUCUCUAUUCAAUCCAUUCCGUCGGUCCAAAGUACAUCAUUCGCCAUUCCGAUCGCUCAACUCUACUAUGACGCAGUCGGAUCUCGACUGACGCUCUUGUGCUUGUUAUUGUAUGCGCUUGCUCGAGAUAAUGCGAUUCCUUGUAAAAGGGCCUUUAUGACUCUAAACAGGUUCCAGGCACCUUGGGUCGGCGUUUGGUUAAGUGCGAUUAUUGCCAUUAUCAUAUCUGCAGCAUAUAUUGGAUCAGUGGUGGCUUUUAAUGCUAUCCUCUCUAGUGCUGCGAUCGCAGUGAUGCUUUCCUACCUUCAGCCUAUUCUAUGUCGAGUGCUGUGGCCAGAAUUGAUGGAGGUUCGCGGGCCGUUUCAUCUCGGGAAGUACUCGCGAAUUGUCAAUAUCAUCAGUGCUUUGUUUACUGUCUUUGUAUGCAUAUUGUUUAUACUUCCUACUUCGAUGCCUGUAAAUGCCCUCAACAUGAAUUACUCGGUAGUUGCUAUUGGGGCCGUACUCAUUUUGAUUUUGGGUAGCUGGAUGCUUUAUGGGCGCUACCAUUUCAAGGGUCCAGUCAGCACGGUGGACAUGCCGCCGUUGACAGAGGAUGUCGACGAAGAUAAGAAGAUGUCUUGA